GCAUCCCUAACUGCACUGCAUACAAAAGUUCGACGGGAGCAGUAAAGUAAUUAUUAGUUUAAUCCAAUAAUUAUCGACUCCAAUCGAAUUGGCGGUCUUCUGGUUGUUUUUUGUGCCCCAGAAGUGCUAAAUUCGCUAAUUCAGUGAAUAACGGAGCGGCGCUGUCGUCCAAUUUGCAUCGCCGUGUUCUUCGUCAGUGUUUGUUGUCGUCGCCUCGUUCGUCCUUAAUAUUAUUUCGUCCUUGUGCAACACGAAGAACAAGAAGAAGCAGCAGAAGAAGAACCACAUCAACCAGGAGGAUCACCGCAACACGCAGUUUCCAAAUGCUUUAAAACGAUUCGGCAAUAUCUAAAUACCUAAAAACCUAGAAAAAUAAGACAAGCAGCGAAUCAGCAACAACAAUCGAAAACACCAAAAAAAACCAAAAAACUAAGAUAAACCCAAAGUCAAAGGAGGCUCGCAAAAUUUUUUACAAAUUUGCAAUACAUUUUAAGUAAGCGGAAGAGAAGGAGAGGUGUUUGUUGUGCAUCUGUGUGUGUGUGCGCGUGGAUUGAAAGUCCUUCGCUCAUUUUACUCCCGGCGAAACGAACUGCUGUUGGCCUUUUUUGUGGCAAGAAGAGGGACCUCAAUUGGAAUGGCUCUCUUGAAAGAGCGGCAGGACAUUAGGGAGCAGCAGCAGCAGGAUUAGGAUCAGGAUCAGCAGUAUAUGCAAGUAAGCUCAAAGGACUAGAAAAGGAAGAAGGGAUCAGGAUUCAGGAGACAGGAAAUACGGAAAGACGGAAUAGCAAUCAGGAAAUAGGAAACAGGAAAGGGGAACAGCAGCAGCAGCCCAGCCAACAAAGCAAAGGAAUCCAUUGAAUCGACAAAAGACAAGUACUUGUUAAAUCAGAGAAGCGCCAAAAAGAAAGGACUAUGACUACUUUGGAGGAGCCUGUCCAGGCGGUGGACACGGUGGAUCCGUGUCCUCCGGGGAUUCCCAAUCUGAAAACCGUUCUCAGUGACGAUGCCUCAAACUCAUCGUUGUUGGAGGACAUCGAUGUGAGCAACACGAGCAGCAGCAGCUCCAGUUCCAGCAGCUCUAGCUCCAGCUCCGGUUCCUGCUCAGGAUCGGCCACCGAUACGGACACCGGCAAGGGCAGCAGCACCGUCGGCAGUCUGGAUGUGACCAGCUCUUCGAGCAUCGGUUCGGCGGCUUCCAUCUCAUCGACGGGCUCCACAGCCAUCGCCGGACCAGCCGGUUUGCUAGACGAUUCCAACUCAUCGGGACUGGGCCUGGUGGUGGAUGUGGACAGUACCGGGAGCAGCCAGGAGUUGAGCAGCCACGGCGUCACCGAGCUGGACUCGCUGGAGGACUCGUGCAGCGGCUUAAUGAUCAAGGAUGGCGAUAAGCUAUGCAAGCUGUGCAGCUUACGCCUUGUGAUGCCACGCAUCUUGUCUUGCCUUCACGUGUUCUGUGAGGACUGCCUGCAGGCAGUGGUAUCGAAGGACACGAUGGCGGCCAGCUCGCCCAACAGCUCCUCCUCGUCUUCGUUCGACGGCAGCGAGCACCAGCACCGUCUGCCCGCUCUGCUCCUCGAGUGCCCCGUGUGCAAGCAGGAGACACCACUGGGGCCCAAGGGGAUCAAGGCACUCCCCUGCGAUUAUAUCGUGACCAAUAUAUUGGAUCUCUCCAAUUUGGAGUCGGAGCACAUUGUGUGCACUUCGUGCAAGAGCAAAGAGGAGGCCAUUUCGCGUUGCAACGAUUGCGCCAACUUUCUAUGCAAUGGCUGCGAUAACGCCCAUAAGUAUAUGCGUUGCUUUGAAAAUCACCAUGUGGUGCGCAUCGAGGAUCUGACGAAGAACGUCCACGACAAGCUUAUCAUCCACAAGCCAGUGUGCUGCCGCCAGCACGUAAGCGAGAAUCUCAAGUACUACUGCUUCACCUGCCAGGUGCCUACGUGCAAUGAUUGCCUGCUGAGCGAUCACAAGGGCAGCGAUCAUCAUUAUGAGACAGCCUCGGUGGCGGAGCAGGCGGUGCGGGCCGAUCUCGAGGACACUCUGAGGGACACGCUCAAGAAGGCCGACUAUUGCAACGAUGCGGGUAGCAAUCUGGGCAGUGCCCUCACCGAACUCCAGUCACAGCACGAUACGGUGCGCCAACAAAUCGAGGAUGCCUAUAAGAGCUACAAGCGUAUGCUGGAAUCAAUCAAGGAGCAGAUGCUAAACGAGCUGGGACGCCUGCACUCGGAUCGCGAGCUAAAGAUCAUGGAUCUGAUGCAGAGCCUCGAGAAUACAAUGGGAAAGCUGCAACACGCUGCCCAAUUCGGCCAGCGGGCUAUCGAUAAGGCCAAUGCCGUGGAGUUUCUGCUGCUGAAGCCCAUCAUCAGUGCCCAGUGUUUGAAUCUCAUGGAGCAGACGCCCAAGUGCGAUGUCAACUAUCAGCUGCAGUUUGACUCGAAGCCAGAGAUGUUCGAGCAGUUCGCCAGGGAGAUGUUUGGCAAAUUCCAAACGGAUCAGAGUGACUCUAGUCCCAAGAAGCAGGAGAUGACCCAGCAGCUGCAACAGCAGCAGCAGCAGGUGCAACAGCACCAUCAGCACCAGCACCAAGUGCAACAACAACAGCAGCAGCAACAGCAACAGCAGCAGCAGCAGCAACAACAAGUGCAGCACCAACAGCAGCAGCAAAAGUUGCAGUUGCAGCAACAGCAGCAGCAACAUCAGCACAGCUCGAACAAUUUGAUUGUCGGCCAUCGGGGCAGCUCCUCUGUCCAAGGGCGCCUGACCUCAGCUGUAUUCAGCCCCAUCUCGCUGCCAUCCUCACUGCAGAGUUCCUUCGAUGGCGACACCAACUCGGUGAUGACCAAUUUCUCCAUGAUGGACUCGCCGCCGCAGCCAUCAUCGCAGCAGCAAUUGCCAUCUGCCCAGCAGCAGCAGCAGAGUCAGCAGCAACAGCAGCAACAACAACAGCAGCAACAGGCGGCGGUGCUGCAGCAGGUGCAACAGCAGCAAAAGCACCAGCAACACCAGGUGCAGCAGCAGCAACAGCAACAGGUGCUGCACCAGCCACCAUCGGCCCAGUCCAUGCCCCAGCAGAUGGGCCAGCUCGUUGCACCCCAGGGAAUUGUCCAGCAGGCUGGACAUGUCAAUCUCAACUCUGGCCCCGGCCCAAAUAUAUCCAUCAAUGGCCUGGGCGCCGGCGGUCCGCCACCCAGUUUCAGCAUGCUGGAGUACAAUAUCUCACGACUGGCCAGCUUGACGGAACCAAUGCCAGACACCCUCAACGAUGCGCUGGCCGUUGGCGGAGGAGCAGCUGGACCCGGUCCGAAUGUUGGGGCCCAAGUGCCUGGUGGCUCGGCCGUAACCGGCGGAGCCGUUGUGGGAGCAUCGCAUGCGCAUCAGCAGCAAUCGCAGGCCGUAAUGCCGGCAUCGGCGGUGACUCCAACGCAGCCAAUUACCCUGGCGGACAUCCUAUCGGGCGACCAGCGGGCGCUCAACAAUCUCCAGGCGCUGGCCAAGCUGGGACUCAACAACAAUGACGAUGAUCUUUUGUUGAACGGAUCCUCAACGGGCAUUGAUUAUUUAUCAGAUUUCUGCAUGCCACCGGCCACAUCGCCCAGCCUGCAGUCCCUCAACCCAAUCGUGGGUGGCGUGGAGGACAUGGGACUCAAUAACUUCCAUGCCGUCGCUGCGCCGGGCACCACCAGUGUGGUCACCGGUCGGAACAAGGCCACUCCGAUGCAGAUCCGCUGCAAAUUCGGUUCACUGGGAACGGCCAAGGGCCAGUUUAAUUCACCGCAUGGAUUUUGCCUGGGCGUCGACGAGGAGAUCAUCGUGGCGGACACGAACAACCAUCGCAUCGAGGUCUUCGACAAGAUGGGCGCUCUCAAGUUCCAGUUCGGAGUGGCCGGCAAGGAGGAGGGCCAGCUCUGGUAUCCUCGCAAAGUGGCCGUGAUGCAUAACAAUGGCAAAUUCGUGGUCUGCGAUCGUGGAAACGAGCGCUCUCGCAUGCAAAUCUUCUCCAAGUGCGGACACUUUAUGCGCAAGAUCGCCAUCAGGUACAUUGAUAUCGUUGCGGGUUUGGCCGUCACAGCUAAGGGUCACAUCGUGGCCGUCGAUAGCGUUUCGCCCACCGUGUUUGUGAUCUCCGAGGAGGGCGAAUUGGUUCGCUGGUUCGACUGCAGCGACUAUAUGCGCGAGCCCUCCGACAUCGCCAUACGAGACAAUGACUUUUACGUGUGCGACUUCAAAGGCCAUUGCGUGGCCGUUUUCCAGGACGACGGCACAUUCCUCUAUCGCAUUGGCAACGAGAAGGUCACCUGCUUCCCCAAUGGCAUUGAUAUAUCGAAUGCCGGGGACGUGCUCAUCGGCGACUCGCACGGCAAUCGCUUCCACGUCGCCUGCUACUCCCGUGAGGGCGCCCUUCAGUCCGAGUUCGAGUGUCCCCAUGUAAAGGUUUCCCGCUGCUGCGGACUGAAAAUCACAUCCGAGGGCUAUGUGGUUACGCUGGCAAAGAACAAUCAUCAUGUUCUAGUCCUGAACACCCUCUAUGUUCACUGAUUGCAAAUCAAAGCGCGCAACAAUCGUCCAUCAGUCGAUAUGAACAAAUAUAACUACAAAUACUCGUCGGGCAAGAUAUACGGAUGUCGACGUCAGCAGCAAUCAACCAACAGCAUCAACAGCAACGGCAACACCAUCUGCAACACCAUCAGCGACAGCAAUAGCAAUAGCAACCUCAGCCUCAACCUCUUGGCAAGGAGUCAACAUACCCUACACUGCAAUAGCAACAGUCAACUGAACAACAUGAGCAGGAUAAGCAGCAUGAGCAACAUUUGCCUUAUCGGCAGCAACAGCAACAUCAAUCAACAGCCAUCGACUACAGCAACAUCAGUCAUCUAAUAUAAAAACGAUAAGCAAGAAUAAGCACAACAAGCUGAAACAUUAACACUAUCAACAGCAGAUCGCAGAUAGCAGAUGCAACUAUCCAAAUGGGUAGUAUAGUAUAUGUAUAAAGGAAAAUGUAUAUAUAUAUCUAUAUUAGUGGGGAAUGCUAAUGGACUAAAUAAGAAUGAAAAACCACGAACACGUGAAAAUGUCGAGCUCCUACUUUUUCAGUUUAUCUGUAGUCUGUCUCUAUCAGCGUUCAAAUUCUUAAAACUGGUCAAAUCUACGGCUGAACACUCACUAUAUGCAGUGCAGUUGAAGCAAAUGCAAUGCGUUCGACUUGAAACACAUUUUAUUUAAUGCAAAACACAAGAAGCGUUGCCGCAGCAACCGUAUAAAAAACAAACAAACAAACCAAUAACAAAUGAUAAACAAAAUGCAACAAAUACUAUUUUUGAUCUCUAAUUUAAAAACAAUUAGCGCUACUACUAAAAACAAACAUCAACAAAUUUAACAAAGAAAAACAAAACAAAAUACUUAGCGUAACGAAUAACAACAAAAAAGAGGAAAAACAAAAGAAUCGACAUUGAAACUUGGGAUAUUUUCAAAACGUUUUUAAAAGCUCUUUUUAAAUUGUUUUCGAUUGUACUCAUUUUUUAUUGAAUUUAUGUUCUUGUUAAAAUUGUCAUAACAAACUCACACUUACACACGCCACACACACACACACGCCACACUCACACAAACACUACUACUUUACAUGUUACUUAUUAUCUAUAUAGACAUAUAUAUUGUUAUAUCGACCGAUUAGCUUUUUUGUGCAUACCCUUCCAGAAUCUUUUUCUAAAAAACAAAAACGAGAAAAAAAACGAAACACGCAUAUAUAUAUCUACACCUAGUAUACAACAUCUAUGUAUAUCUAGCAAAAUGUGCAACUUUUGUGCACAGGUUUUUUGCUAACAAAUAAGGAAGUAAAUAAUUUGUUAAGGGCGUCAUCAGAGGUCGCGUACAGGCAAUAAUUAUAGAAGGAGAUGAAAUCUAAGUAGUUUAUUUCGAUUUCAAACUGAAACCAAAACACUAAGAUACAAUUUCAGAAAAUAAAAAACUGUUUAGGUUUUUCCUUACGCUGCUUAUAUAAGGUGAUAUCUAUUUAUAUAUAAAUCUAUAUGAAUAUAUAAAAAACAAAACAAAACUAUAUAUAUCUUAAACAUAUAUGUGAAAUCCUAUGACUAUAUGACUUUGCCAUAUAAUAUACAAAGCAGAACGAGGAGAGUAGGGAGUUAGACAUAUAGGGAUAGCGAGGACGGAGGAUGACGGGACGAAUGGAGGCAACACACACCACACCACACCACACGACAGAUAUGAUACCCAGAGACCCAGAGAUCUAGAGAUCCAGAGAAUACAUUCGAUAUGUAUCAACUAAGUACGUUCUUUACGCCAGAGAUCCGACAUGAACUACAGACAACAACUCAACAUACAAAUUAAUCUGUAAGCUAACAAACCAAACAAAACGAAUGCAGAUCGCAUUAGGCCAACAACUAUCUAUAAUAACUAAUACAUCAGAGACAACAAAAACAACAACAGAAACCGCAACAGCAAGAAGAAAGCGUUUGAGAAAAAACCUACAGAGCAGAGAUAAACGUAUCUGUUAAGUUCUUAUAUACAUUGUUAAAGAAGUAAAAACACAAAAAACAAACGAUAUUCCUUUUGCUUAUAUACAAACAACAAAUGCAAUACACGUGCGCAUGUAAUCGACAUAUGUACACACACGCGCAUACACACUCACAUACACCACAAAAACAAAACAAAACUAAACAAAAACAACACCCGAAACACUCACGAUUUAUAUAGACGAUAUAGACAACCAUUUAAGAUGAUAUAUAUGUACGGAUACAUGCAACAUUUCUUUCCCGUUGUAAUACAAUAUAAGGCUGGUUUACUCCCAAGACAUUAUUAUUUAUCUAUAUACAAAAUAACAUUUUUUAAUUGUGUGAAUUUUAUCAUGUGAGAGGCGAUAGGUAGAGAACAACAAGUGGCGAUUUAUUUAGACGAAGUUGGGCGAGAAAGCAAAGCGAAGCAAGCAACUUAUUUUUUAUAGGCUGUAACAACCACAUUUAUUAUAUAUCUACAUGUACAUCUACAUUAAUACACACAUACACACACCCAUACUCACCCACGCAUUAUGCAUAACAACGAAACGAAUCCUUUGUAUUGUGAACAAUAUGAUAUCCUGUUAGUUGUGUUCGAAACUAUUCGAUUCCUUUUUUAAUGUUUUAAACAGCAGCAAGUUAUGUUAGACCCCCAUCAUUGGCAUUUGUGUACCACAAUGCGGCGCGGAGCGAAGAAAACUGUUUUAAAUCUUGUCAUUUUUCUAAUUUUAAUUGCUAGUUUAAUAAGCCUAGUUUAAACAACCACACACGACACAAAGGCAUACGAAAAACGCGUUUGGUUUAUGUUAAAUGUUGAGUUGUACUAAAUACCAAGCAAAUGGACUGUGGGCGAUUGCGUAUGUCCGAACCAUUUGCUUGACAAUCAUUUACUAUUGUCAUUACGAUUAUUAUUAUUGUUUAGUUUUUACGUUGUUACAUUGUGAGGCUACACACACAAUUCUGUAUACAUGAUUAUGAUUUAGUGUAAUCUAUAUGAAUAACAACAACUGCGAAAACCAAUGUGAAACGCUUCUGUUUAUGUUAUACCACUGAAAUUAUGACCAUUUUACUAUACACAUUAUAUUUAACACUAUGUACCCCAAAGUUGUUGAUGGUAGAUGAGAGGAUCUUUCAAAUGAAAAAGGAUAGCGAGCAAGAUCGAAAGAGAGAGAGAAAGAUAGAUAGAGAGAGAGAAAGAGAGAGGGUAAAAAAUGCAAUUUUAUUGUGAAACAAUUUGGCUGUUGAAAUAUAUAAUUUUUAAUUUAA